AUGGUCAUACAACCAGAUGCCUGUGGAGGCCCCUGGGAGCCGGAGAACUUCGAAUCUUCCCGUCUUACCAGGCCUGUCGGCUACGAUGACGAAGACUUCACAGCCGAGGUAAAGCUGGUGUUUCUCUCCUUCACUGGCGGCUCUGAAACACACCAACAGAUGGAGGGUGAUGACAAGGUGGACCUGUGUGGCCGCGGGAGCUGGUGGCUGGGAACACUGAAAGACACACCCAUCCCAGGUUUCUAUCACAUCCGUGACUUCAUCGAAGAAGCUGAACUGAACCCUGUGAGGAAGACCUAUGGGUUCAAAGGUGUGGGCCGAAAAGUUCAAACCCUCUGUGUACCUAAAGGGGAUUGUCUUCUCCCUGGGGCUUAUGACUACACCGACUCCAUUCAAGAGGCACUGAAGCGCCAGGCAUCCUACUCUUUCAAGAACUGUCCACGGCCCGACAUUGUCACUCUGGGCAUCAGGGACAAGCACAUAAAAACUUCACCAUGUGACUACGAUGUGACAGCGAAGCCAGUGGAGAAGAUUCCCUGCAAGCAUGUGAUGUUUCGGUCGACCGUGCAGCGGAUCAGCUUUCCUCCUAAGGAGGGACCUGCUCCGUGUCACUACAAUCCACAGACCAGACCAGGAAAAAGCAUCACUUCCUGCUUCAAAUCCACAUUGCCGCGGCUCCACUGCGUGCACUCUAAGACCCCGGGGCCAGGGGCCUACGAGCCUUGCUGGAAGUUGGGCGACCGUGUGGACACAGAGGCCAUGGACCCUUCAUUUAGCCUCUUCUUCCGCAACAUUCUCUAGUGUGGACUUUAUUUCCCACAAUGCCUCGAUCCCACCACCGUCUCCUCAUCCUGUCGGCUCGAUGGCAGAUCUUCACCUUGUGACCCCUACCUUAUUUAUAACAUCAAAUCAUGAGCGUACAUAACAAAGAAAUAUCUUCACUCUCUCAUAACUUGGA